GAGAAAAAAACAGUUAUUUUUCUUCUCCAAUGGAACCGGACUAUGCAUCGUAAGCCACCACCUCCAUCAUUAGCCACUAUCCAUGUCAUAGCCCACCGUCUCUAUCAUCUUUUCGAAUCAAACCAGCCACUACCAACACUUGAGUCUUCUUCAACCUCUAGUAAGUCAUGCCCAACCACUACAUCCAAAUCAACCUCAUCCUUCAUUAAAACAACUACCGACCAUCACCCACCAUCUUUUUCUUUAACCUCCAACAAUGCGGUGCCCGACCACCACACCAAAACUAGCCCGAUCCUUACCAUUGCCUAA